CGCUGUUCGUGCACCAUGUCUCGCGAGAGAAGCCGAGCUUCGCUUGACGAGAUCUGAGGCGCUCAGGUGUAAGAGCCCUUCUCUCAUCCCCUCAGCAGCCAGUGGGAACAGCAGACAGAUGAGUGCGUCCGGGAGACUGCAGGCAUCUCUGACUGUGUGAUCUUCGUGCUCAAGGCUGAUCCGGCUGUACUCAACACCGUCAAGUAUUGCAUCAUUAUACAGAGCAAAGCAACAGGAAGGAACCCUGUCUAUGAAUACUGUCUUCUUUCCAUCGGCUCUAUUUUAGACCCUAUUCUUCUUGUUGCGCUUAAAGCAAUUUAAAAGAAGCUCUGCAAAGAUGAUGUCAAUGAAUAGCAAACAGCCACACUUCGCAAUGCAUCCGAGUUUACCUGAACACAAGUACACCACUCUGCAUUCCAGCUCGGAAGCAAUAAGGAGAGCAUGUCUGCAAGCUCCACAGCUGCAGAGCAACAUAUUCGCCAGCCUCGAUGAGACGCUCCUGGCCCGCGCCGAAGCUCUGGCUGCCGUGGACAUUGCAGUAUCCCAGGGCAAGACGCACCCGUUCAAGCCGGACGCCACCUACCACACCAUGAACAGCGUGCCAUGUACCUCCAACUCCACGGUGCCACUGGCCCAUCACCACCACCACCACCACCACCAUCAUCACCCAAACAUGGAACCCCCGGACCUCAUGGAUCACCUCAACUCUCCGUCUUUAACUCUCCUGUCCAGCCACGACGGGUCUGGGGGCGGUGGAGGAGCUGGUGGCGGCGGCGGGCUCAUUUCGACCUCUUCCCACCCCCAUCCGCACUCACACAUGCACGGCUUGAGCCACCUCUCGCACCAGGCUGCCAUGAACAUGAAUUCCCCGCUCACCCACCACGCUCUUUUACCUGGCCACCACGGAGGCGGCCAGGGCGGACCAGGACUCAAUAACAACGGGCUUCCCUCUAUCAAUGACUCGGACACGGACCCCAGGGAACUUGAAGCGUUCGCUGAGCGCUUCAAGCAGAGGCGGAUCAAGUUAGGGGUGACCCAGGCGGACGUAGGCGGUGCACUGGCUAACCUUAAGAUACCCGGCGUGGGCUCGCUAAGUCAAAGCACCAUUUGCCGGUUUGAAUCGUUGACUCUGUCCCAUAACAACAUGAUUGCGCUCAAGCCUAUCCUUCAGGCGUGGCUCGAGGAGGCCGAGGGUGCGCAGAGAGAAAAACUUAACAAACCAGACAUUUAUAGUGGAGGGGAAAAGAAACGAAAGAGAACAUCAAUAGCGGCGCCUGAGAAGAGGUCUUUGGAGGCUUACUUCGCCGUACAACCUCGCCCAUCGUCGGAGAAGAUAGCCGCGAUCGCUGAAAAGUUAGACCUAAAAAAGAACGUGGUGCGGGUUUGGUUUUGCAACCAAAGACAAAAACAAAAACGGUUGAAAUUCUCCGCUGCCCACUGACAUUUGAUAGGUUAAAAACGACAAAUGUUGAGUGACUGAUUUUGGGGACCAAGGAACACAUAAAAAGACAUUUUCGUGGUCUUCUUUUGUCACCAACGGUUUUAAAACGUGGGUGCAAAUUUAUGACGGUUAGAUACGCGAAUUUUAUGAAGCUUCAUAUCUCUCUUCCAUUUUAUUUUCACGUUAUUGGUGAAUGUGAAGUAUGCAAAUAUCUGACAAUUCAGACGAAUCUCGUUCAGUGGUUCUGAGAGGAGAUAGUACCUAUAGCCUACCGAUAUCAACAUUGCCUUUUUAAAAACGUUGCGAAAAAGAGGUAAUUUGCUUUAACGAGUUAUUUUCUUCUUAUAUUAAUUUGAAAUAGCCUAUAUAGCCAUUUACGAAUUACCUCACUGUUUAUCACUAGACUAUUUUAUCCAGUUUAUUUAUUUAUAAGAUUUUAAGCAUUUAUUUAUUAAUGUAGGCCUAUUUAUUUAUAUAUUUAUUUGUAAUAACUUUUGGGGGCUCUGUUUAAACUCUGUUUAAAAUAAUGUUUCCAAUUUCAUAAUAAAGAAAACACAAUACUGCAGAGGCCUGCAUGAUAGAAUAAUUCAAGAAAGUCCCCUCGCUUCUUUAUACAAACGUAUGGGCUGUUAAUGAUUUAUCACAUAUUUAUUUUACCUUUGCACUAAGAUUUAGGCAGUUAUUUAGGUUGUUUAAAUUGGUUAUUAUGCCCAAAUGAUUUUGUGUAUAUAAAUAUAUAUAUAUAUAUAUAUAUAUUACAAACAUCACUUUCCCACUAAAACACUAAAACAACAGUAUUUUGCUAUUGGCUUCCAGUCACAACGAAAGACGUCAAAAUCCAAAAUUUAACUCGCAUGGUUCAGACGUAUUUCUUGGCUAAUACAUUCUGGGGGACAAAAAUAAUUAUCACAAAGACAAAAUAACACGUUUUAUGUUGUGUGCCUGAGUUUGCCCUGCAAACAUCCUAUGCAUUGGAUACAAACACUACAUAGAUGAUCUACUGGUAGAACUGUGGGCGGUGGUGAAAGAAGUCACUGUUAAUUGCCUGUUUUUCACUCACAUUAAGACACAACGUUGUUUGUCGUGUUUAUUGUUCAAAAACUAAGUUUGUGUAAUUUUUGACUUUGUGCACAAGUAUGUUUACAAACAGCUACAGCCUCACGUGCAUCAAGAUACGUCCCACUAUGCCCCCCCCCCCCGUCACUGACGUUUGACGUAUACUUCCUUCUCAUCACCUCUGUCGUUGUCUUUUUUUCAGUGGUAUUGUCAUCUUGUAAGACAAAUCCAACAGGGAGGUGUGUCCCAUCAAAUCUUCUAAAUAAAUGAACGA